AAAUGGCAGAAAAUUAAAUGUAAAAUUGGGGUGACAUGACAUCAGAUGAAGAUAAUGAUAAACCAAAAAACGCUUCUGAUGAAGAAGAUAAUCGAAAUAAGAAAAGAUAAAAUUACAGAGGCAACAAUAAUUAAAGAAAUAAUAAUAAAAGAGGAUACAGGGAUAAUAAAGACAACAACAGAUAGGAUAAUGAUCAAAGAGAUAAUAAGGAUAAUUAAAGGAAUUAUAAAAAUAGAGAUAACUACAGAGGUGGUGAUAGAAAUGAAAGAGGUGAUAGGAAUGACAACAAUUAAAGAAGAAAUUAUAAAGAUAACAAUCGUAAUCCAUUUUAUUCUAUUAUUAUUAGACCUUGUUGAAUAAAAGAAGGAGGAACUUACUAACUUUGCUGGAGAAAGUGUUAACAUCCUUAUUCAUCUCUAAAAUCAUAAUUUGAAUGAGGAUUAAAUAAAAGAAGCAUUGAAAGAUAUAGUCAUGAAGAAUUUCUCAAUCAAUUAGAGUCAAGCUAGAUUUGAUGUAGAUAAAGAAAAUGCACUUAAAUUACUUGAUGUCCAUAAAUUAUAAAUUGUAAUUAGAUAACACAUAAUUUUAUAUAGGUAGUUGAUGGUUAGAUAGAAAGAAUUUUUAUGAGAAUUGAUUUUGAUAAGGAUAGGAAUUAUGGAAAUAAAGGAAAAUAUCAAAAGCAAUAAAGAUAAUUCAAUGAAGAAAAUUAAAAUGACUUUGUACACAAAAGAAGAGAUUAAUAGUACAGAGGAGGAGACUAUCAAAAUAGAAGAGGAAAUGAUUAUCAAUAAUAACAUUAAAAAGUUAAUGAGCCUCCUAAAAUCAUCAGAAACACCUCAUCACGUGUAGAUGAAACUAAUGUAAUUUAUUAUUAUUAUUUUCAGGUAUAAUAACCUUAAGUUACUAAAAAUGUUGAAGAAACUCCUACAAAUGCAGGUGAAAAGAAAGUUGAAUAAGUAGAAUUGUAAGAAAAAUAAUAAGAACCUCAAAUUCCAACUGAUGAAUAAUAAUAAUAAUAAAUGCAAUAAUAAUAAUAAUAUCAAGAAUCUAAUUAAAGAAGGUAUAACAAUUAUAGAGGAAAUGACUAUCAAAAUAAAAACUAUCAUAAUAAUAAUUAUCAUAAUAAUUAUAAAAAUAAUUUUAGACAUAAUAAUAAAUAUGAUAGAGAACAAAACAAUCAAGAUGAUAAUGCAGAAUAAUAGCAAGAUAAUUAGGAUAAUUAAUUUAGAAGUCACAAAUAAUAUAGAGGAAAUAAAUAUUAAAAUAGAGAUUAAAGAAAUUUUUAAAAUGAUAAUGAUUAACCUGCAGAAUAAAAUGAUGAAAAUAAUUAAGCAUAAACAAGAGGUGGAUAAAAAAAUUAUGAUAAUAGAAAAGAUAAUUACAACAGAGAUUAAAAUAGAAAUAAUAGGGACUACAAUAGAGAUUAUAAUAGGGAUAAUCGAGAUUAUAAUAGGGAUAAAAGAGAGUAAAGAGAAAAUAAAGAGCAAAUUGAUAAUAGAGAUCAACAAACUAAUAAAGAUAAUUAAGAUUUGGGAGAUAAAAAAGAUUAAGGAGAUAAUAGAGAGUAGAAAGAUUAAAGAGAAUAAAGAGAUCAAAGAGAUUAUAAAGAUUAAAGAAAUAAAUGGGAUAAUAGAGACUAAAGAGAUAAUAGAGAUUAACGAUAUUAGAGAGAUAAUAGGGAUUAUGGAGAUAAUAGAGACUAAAGAGACUAAAGAUAUUAAAGAGAUAAUAGAGAUAAUAGGGACAAUAGGGAUAAUAGGGACAAUAGGGAUAAUAGAGAUAAUAGAGAUAAUAGGGAUAAUAGAGAUAAUAGAGAUAAUAGAGAUAAUAGAGAUAAUAGAGAUAAUAGAGAUAAUAGAGAUAAUAGAGAUAAUAGAGAUAAUAGAGAUAAUAGAGAUAAUAGAGAUAAUAGAGAUAAUAGAGAUAAUAGAGAUAAUAGAGAUAAUAGAGAUAAUAGAGAUAAUAGAGAUAAUAGAGAUAAUAGAGAUAAUAGAGAUAAUAGAGAUAAUAGAGAUAAUAGAGAUAAUAGAGAUAAUAGAGAUAAUAGAGAUAAUAGAGAUAAUAGAGAUAAUAGAGAUAAUAGAGAUAAUAGAGAUAAUAGAGAUAAUAGAGAUAAUAGAGAUAAUAGAGAUAAUAGAGAUAAUAGAGAUAAUAGAGAUAAUAGAGAUAAUAGAGAUAAUAGAGAUAAUAGAGAUAAUAGAGAUAAUAGAGAUAAUAGAGAUAAUAGAGAUAAUAGAGAUAAUAGAGAUAAUAGAGAUAAUAGAGAUAAUAGAGAUAAUAGAGAUAAUAGAGAUAAUAGAGAUAAUAGAGAUAAUAGAGAUAAUAGAGAUAAUAGAGAUAAUAGAGAUAAUAGAGAUAAUAGAGAUAAUAGAGAUAAUAGAGAUAAUAGAGAUAAUAGAGAUAAUAGAGAUAAUAGAGAUAAUAGAGAUAAUAGAGAUAAUAGAGAUAAUAGAGAUAAUAGAGAUAAUAGAGAUAAUAGAGAUAAUAGAGAUAAUAGAGAUAAUAGAGAUAAUAGAGAUAAUAGAGAUAAUAGAGAUAAUAGAGAUAAUAGAGAUAAUAGAGAUAAUAGAGAUAAUAGAGAUAAUAGAGAUAAUAGAGAUAAUAGAGAUAAUAGAGAUAAUAGAGAUAAUAGAGAUAAUAGAGAUAAUAGAGAUAAUAGAGAUAAUAGAGAUAAUAGAGAUAAUAGAGAUAAUAGGGAUAAUAGAGAUAAUAGAGAUAAUAGGGAUAAUAGAAAUAAAUGGGAGAAUAGAGAUAAGAGAGAUUAAUAAGAUAAUAAUGAUAAUAGAGAGAGAAGAGAUAAUAAUGAAUAUAAAGAUAAAAGGGAAAAUAAAGAUUAUUAAGACAAUAGGGAUAAUAAUAGAGGAAAUAGGGACAAUGCUAGAGAUAAUAAAGGUUACAGAGACAAUUAACCUUAAAGAGAGUAUAAUAGAGAAUAGAAAGAAGGAUAAAACAAUGAUCAAGAAGAUCAAAAAAGAGUAAUCAACAGAGACAGAAAGCCUCAUGUAAAUACUUAUAAAUAUCUUAGAAUGAACUUUAAGAUUUUGCAAUACCUCAUCAUCAUAAUAAACAAAAGAAGGAAUCUAAAAAGUAAUAAAUCAAAUCUUAAAAUCCAUUCGAGGCAUUAAAAAAUUGA